AUCGCUCUCCUUCGUUUGGCGGCCAGGCCUUAGCCCAACCCACACUGGAGUAUUACUCUUCGGGCCGAGUGUUGCGCCGCCUCCCACCGCCCGCCGUCUUCUAUCCGGAGAAGCAGGAGCCGCCGUUUCCUCCAUGCCGCCGCCACGCUGCCCACGGCUCCCGUCCUCUCUCCCUCCCUGGCCCCGUCUACUCCCGACCCUCGGCUCGUGUUCCAGAAGAGCCGUCACAUCCUCAGCCGCGUCAUCGUCCUCGCCGGCGGGGUGUCACGGCAACGGCGGCCGCCCUCUCCGCUACGCGGUCCUCGGCGCUGGCUUCGCGGGGCUCUCCGUCGCGUGGCACCUCCUCAAGCAUAGCCCGAAGAAUUCCCGUGUGACUGUGGACGUUUACGACGAGAACGGCGUAGGCGGAGGCGCCUCUGGAGUCUCGGGAGGGCUUCUCCAUCCGUACUCGCCCAAAGUGAAGCUUCUCUGGAGAGGAGCUGAAUUCUGGAAAGAGUGUAUGGAUCUCCUACGCAGCGCAGAGCAAGCGAAUGGAGCCACCGGAUCAGAUGGGACUAGUGAAGAUGAGGCCCUUAUCUGGAGAAGGGGAAUUUUGCGUCCACCUACAACGGAGAAGGCUGCUGACAUAUUGCUAGAGAAUGCUCAGAGUCAGAGUUGCCUCCAGAGUUGCAGCCUCCAAGUUCUAGAUUCGGAUGCUGCACAACAUUUGAUCCCCGGCUUAUGUGUGCCACUCAAGUUUGCAGUUUAUAUGCCACUAGCACUGAACAUCAACCCUAAGAAAUAUUUACAGGCAUUGUUCCUUGCAUGCCAAAAUAUGGCUGACGAAGCAUCUACAUCACCUAGUGAAGAAAGGGAGUUCAAUAUGUACCACAAACGUAUUGAUAACCUACAACAACUGUCAGGAGACUAUGAUUCCGUGAUCAUCUGCCUUGGAGCCAAUGCUAGUUCACUUCCGGAACUCGCAAAUAAGCUGCCUCUUAGAACCUGCAGAGGAGUUAUUGCUGAAUUCCAGCUGCCAUCAGACACAGUAGAAAAAUAUGGUAGUCAGAGUCCUUCAAUCUUAUCUGAUGCAUGGCUGGCAUUCCAAGGUCCCCGUACUGUUUCUGUUGGGUCAACUUGGCAAUGGAAGUCUGACAAUCAUGCUUCAACUGUAUCUGAUGAAGAAGCUGCUACUGCAAUGGAAGAGCUUCUCCCAAAAGCUUCUGCUGUAUAUCCAGGAAUCAGUAAAUGGGAUUAUAUACGAGCAAGGGCUGGGAUAAGAGCCAUGCCUCCAUUGACAGCUAAUGGUUCUCUGCCACUUUUGGGUUGUUUAAAUGACGUAAUAGGCACGAGGAGCAAUUGUGCCUUUUGGCUAGUUGGCGGUCUUGGCGCCAGGGGCCUUCUGUACCAUGGUUUAGUUGGAAAGCUGACUGCCAAAGCUGCGAUUUCUGGUGAUGAAAACAUGAUACCUUCUGAGUUCACUUGCUGGAAGACGAUCAAGGCUUCAAAAUGAAUACCAUUAUGUCAUUCAAACAUGUCAUGCUUUAUAUGGGAUUGAUCUGAGGAAGAGCCUAGAAGUUUGAGCAUGAAUUAGUGACCAGGGAGGAUGGCAGGAGUCAUAUUUGAAGGGGUACCGCAUAUGGAAACCUGAAGCCAUCCUCGGUCCGUUCCACACCAAGUGCGCCCCAAAUAGUAAAAACAGGAUACUGAGUCUGGUGUUCCAAGGAGCAUUUCAAAAGCUUCAGAUUGUAUCUUUGUUAAGCCGCAAAUGUGUACCAUGUUUAGGGCUACUAAACUGCAGAUGAUGCGUGGGUACGAUUAUUUGAGUAUCACUUCGGAGUCUGUUUUGUAUCAUUUCCUCAUUUCUGUACUUGUAUCAUCUCCUAGUAAAUCUCCAGGACAUGAGGUCA